GCUGCAGCCAGCUGCCAGCAUCUCCACACUGCAAAGUGACCAGCACUUGUACCUACCUCCAGUCCACAGCAGCAGCUGCCCAUCAGUGCUCCUCGCCGCCUCUCCAUGGGGCCUCUCUCGCUCGCAACUGAUGCCACCACUGCCCUGCACUGCAACACAGCAGCACGCAGCAGCAUCAGCAGCACAAACGGCAUGCAGCAGCAGCAGCAGCAGUGGCAGUGGCACCCAUCAGCUGACCACUCAAGGCGUCUAGCUCCCUGCUUCAUCCUUUCCGAACCCUUAUUCCUACUCCUCUUCCCCCCGAUGGCACCCCUGCUUCCUUGCUCUGCCUUUGUUGUUCCACCUCUCACUUCCUCCUACAAUUCUACUGUCAUUUUCCGUCUGACGUUUUUUUUUUCUGAAGUUACAAAUACUUUUUAUACUAUUUUCCCCACGUUUCCCUUUUCGUCUCAUCUCGUUCUGUCAUCUCUUUUCUCUUCUUCUCCUCUUAUCCAAUCUCUUCCCCUUCCCUUGCUCUCCUCUCCCUCCUCUCCCUUCCUUGCUUUCCUCUCCUCAUUCCUGUCGUCUCCUUUCUGUUCCUUCCUCUCCUCUCCUCUCUUCUCCUCUACCAUCCAAUCUCUCCCCAUUCCCAUGCGCACAUUAGAAGCCACGCCACACACCCUCCCACCCCUCUCCACCACUCUCUCCUCACACCAGGCUCAACGCCCCUCGCUCUCUGCCCACCCGCCUGGCCUCAACUACUAUGACGACCAGGAGUGGGACAGCAAAGGGGGCAAGGGAAUCAAGCAACAGGAGGGGGACGCGAGGCAGGAGGGAGGAGCCCAGGAUCGGGGCCAGGAAGGGUGCGAGGAAGAGGAGUCGUUUGAGGCCUUCUAUGCAGAUCUGCACACGGAGUUCCAGAAGUAUGGGGAGAUCUACAACUUCAAGGUGUGUCGCAACGCCGCCCCCCAUCUGCGGGGCAACGUGUAUGCGGAUUAUCUUAACCCGGCUGCUGCUGCUGCUGUCUUCACUGCCAUGAGCGGCCGUUUCUAUGGUUGCAAGCAGCUGCUUUGUCUCUUCGCACCCAUUGACAGAUGGCGCAACGCGAUUUGUGGAGAGUACCGCAGAAAGGGCAAGCGCUGCCCCCGCGGCCCCUCCUGUCCGUUCCUGCACCCGUUCCCCAACCCCCAGGGCGACUAUGAGUGGGCGGACUUUGAUGCGCCACCGCCCCUGCUGUGGCAGCAGCAGAUGCAGGCGCUGUACGGCGGAGAGAGGGACUACGAGAGGGAGAUAGAGGCGCGGAGGGCGAGGAGCGAGGGAGGAAGGGAGAGGGGCGAGAGGAGGAGGGAUGAAGCAGAAGAGGAUGGAGGGGAAUGUGAGACUAGAAGCGACAGGGACGAGUGGGAGGAGAGGGUAGAGAGAGGGAAGAGGGGGAAGAUUGGGGAGAGGGAGAAGGAGGAACGCGCUGAGAGGGAGGAGGGGCAGGAGAUGCGGAGAGGGGUGAGAGGUAGGCGGUGGUCAGAGGAGAGAGGAAGGCAAGAGAGUGGGUUGGGGGGGACCGGCAGCGAUGGUGGAGAGAGUGGGGGAAGGGGCAGGUGGAGUGAUGGGGAGGGAUGGGACGAUUGGGAGGGAGGACGACAGGGGAGGCAUGAUGAUAGGAGGGAGGGGAAGGCGAGAACGGGAGGAAGGGAGAGGCAGAGAUUCUGGGAGGGAGAAAAGGAGAUGGAGUGCAGGAAGAGGGAGAAAGGCAGAGUUUCACAAGGCCGGGAGGAAAGAGGGGGAGAUGGCAGCAGAGAUGCGAGAGAGGUGAAGAAUGAGGGGUCUGGCAAGGGUAGGGAGAGGGGAGGGAUGCAACUAGAGAUGAGAGAUGCAUGGCGGGACCAAGAAGAGAGGGACAGGGGGAGUCGGUGGCGAGAGUGGAGGCAUGGAGAGAGUGAAGGACCAACAGAGGAAAGGAUACACAGGGAAUUGGGAGACAGGGGAGAGUGGGGGCGAGGAGAAGAGGGUGAGGAGGAGAAGGACGAGAAACGAUCAGGCGGAGGGCAGAGAGAGGGGGGGGGGUUGGAGGUGGAGAGGGAGAAGGAGCUGCGGAUGCUGCUGCUGCAGAGGAUGCACAGGCAAGGGGGCAGAGGGGCGGAUGGCCGAGAUAAGAGGAGAGCUGCUGCAGAUGACUGUACCAGUGGGGGGGACGCAGGUGUGGACGAUUCGGUGAAGGAAAGUAGCUUGAGGAAAAGGAAGGCUGAGAGAAUUGGGUCAGGCGAAGGGCCUUUCACGACACUUUCUUGUGUUCCUGACAAUGCCGGGUGUCAAGACGCUGAUGUGGACGACGAUGAUAGGUGGGAGAUGGAGGCUUGAGAACUGAGAACAGUGUGUUCAUAAGCUCAGGAAGGGUUUAGGCUAGGUAGAGAGAAAUUGGCAAGAGGAAAGAGAGUCGACUAGGAAGAGAGAGAUCUCAGAGUAAUGAGUUGAGUAUGAUUAGGGGAUACACGGGGAUAUAACCUAAGGUGUUGUACUCUCUAUGAACAUGCACCUAUCCAGCCUAAAACAUAUACGAGUAUAUGCUAACACACCCACUAGGCUAGACGAGGGGUAAUGAC